AUGACAGUGAAUGUAGCCUCCUUCCUGCAGUGCAAGCUCUGUGGGCACGGAACGGCUUCUGGCAACCACCCCUUGUCCGGCCUCCCCGCUGUAGACGCAGGCCUGGAUGCAGAAGCUCUGGCUGCUUUGGCAGAAGGCCCUGAUGGACCAGAUGAGAAGCUAGCUGAAGAAGCAGAAGUGGAGGGAGGUUCGGUAUCCUCGCGGAAGCGGAAGCGGCAGGUGGAGGAUGAGGACGAGGAACUGGCGGAGCGGCUUCCAGCGCUGCAGGACAAGGCGGAUGAGACGGCACUGGUUCCCAUGGACGAGGAGGCUGUUCGGGGCGAACAUCGGGCAUUCCGAUGGUUCAGCCAGGACAUCUUCUCUGGCCUCAGCACAAGCUCCCAGACGCGAGGUGCUGUGCGGGAAGCGGACUCCGAGGGCGACUCGGACUCCGAGGGAGGACAGAUGCGGGAGCUCAGCGAUGCCCAACUCCCGAAGCUGCCGCUCACUGACAAGGAGAAGAGGAAAAUCAAACGGAGAAAAGAUGCCGAGCGUCUGGAGAAGCUUGGGAUCAAGCCGAAAGCCUCGAAGGCGGAGGAGGAGAAAGGCAGUCUGGAGGUCGCUCCCUUGGAGCCGCCCAAGUCGCCCUUGGCCUCAGCUGCACG